AUGGACGUGGACAUGGACGUGGACGUGGACAUGGACGUGGACGUGGACGUGGACGUGGACGUGGACGUGGACGUGGACGUGGACGUGGACGUGGACAUGGACGUGGACGUGGACGUGGACGUGGACGUGGACGUGGACGUGGACGUGGACGUGGACGUGGACGUGGACGUGGACGUGGACGUGGACGUGGACGUGGACGUGGACGUGGACGUGGACGUGGACGUGGACGUGGACGUGGACGUGGACGUGGACGUGGACGUGGACGUGGACGUGGACGUGGACGUGGACGUGGACGUGGACGUGGACGUGGACGUGGACGUGGACGUGGACGUGGACAUGGACGUGGACGUGGACGGGACAUGGACGUGGACGUGGACGUGGACGUGGACGUGGACGGACGUGGACGUGGACAUGGACGUGGACAUGGACGUGGACGUGGACAUGGACGUGGACGUGGACGUGGACGUGGACGUGGACGUGGACGUGGACGUGGACGUGGACGUGGACGUGGACGUGGAC